GCUCGGGGCUCGUGAGUGGGUGCGCGACUGGGGUGGCAAAGCCGGCGCCGCACGUCAUGCGUGUGUGGCUGUGACUGCGUGCCGACCAAUGGGAGCCUCGUAUUGCAUAUAAAGGUUCAGCCAUUUUGUGGGUUAAGGAGUGCUUUGAGAGAGUGUUAGACAGAGAGAGAGAACAACAAUACGUGUGAACACAACACACACGCAGACAGACACCACAUCCCUGUCCACCACAACAUCCAUUGACAACAUCACUAUCGCUGGUCCCCACCAUCCGAGUGCCGGCCCAACGCAGACACCUCUUGAGACACGAGUGACGACCGGACGGUGCCCUCCAAGACAUCGCACGUGUGGUCCGCAACCAAACACACCAUUCAGUACUCGUGUGACGAACUGAAGACAUCUGAAGAUAAUGUCAGAAACAGCUGAGACUAACGGCAAAGAACAGCCGCCAAAGAAAGUCGUCGCGCAGCGAAUCCAAGGAACCGUUAAGUGGUUUAACGUGAAGAAUGGCUACGGUUUCAUAUCCCGCAACGAUCGCGACGGAGAGGAUGUCUUUGUCCAUCAGUCGGCGAUCGUGAAGAACAACCCGACGAAAAUGGUUCGCAGUGUCGGUGACGGAGAACAAGUGGAGUUCGAUAUCGUCGAGGGCGAGAAGGGCAAUGAGGCGGCGAACGUGACGGGUCCGGGCGGUGUGCCGGUGAAGGGCUCGCCGUUUGCAGCCGAGCGGCGCUUCUAUCAGAGGGGCGGCGGCGGCAGAGGCCGUGGCUUCCGAGGCGGUGGCGGCGGCGGAAGAGGUGGCUUCCGGAGGGGUCCGCCGAGAGACCGGCGCGACGACAGCGGCGGCUACGAGGGUCAGCAGCCCUUCGUCGACGGCGAACAGCGCUUCGGUGGUGAGCGCCGACAGGGAGGCGGAGGUCGCGGCGGCGGUGGUGGCCGGCGACCCGUCUACCGGCGUUACUUCCGACGCCCACCGCGCGAUCAUCUGCCCAACAGUGAGGGCCAGGAGGGCGACGACGGACAGCAACAGUUCGGCGACAAUAACUUCGGUGACGGCCAACGCCCGCGUCGUGGAAGCGGUGGUCCGCGACGGUUCACCAGACGCUUCUUCCGGCGCCGCCCACACAGACCCCGCUCUGACACUGAGGGCAGUCAGUCGGGCGUCGAUGGCGAGGCUUCUGGGACUGAGGGCAGGGCUCACAAGUCGGAGGACAACGACGAGGAUGGACAGGGAGGUCAGAGGCGUCGUCGCACCGGUGGUUUCCGACCGCGUCGUCGCCAAUACGGUGGACAGACCGGCAAUCGGGGUCCGCGCCGGUCGUCUCGAGGAGGCGGCGGCCGUAAGUCUGAGGGCGAGGGCGGCCCCGGGGGUGACGAACAGGACGUGGAGAAGGACUUGUCGGACAGCAAACCUAAGGGACAGUCUAACGAGUCUACCAUAAAGGCUGAGAAUUAAUUGAAAAUCAAUACAACCAAUCGUUUUAAUCAAUUAAUAUAAAAACACUUUGAAAUGUUUGCGAAAGUCUCAGACUUUAUGUAAUCUUAUAUCGAUUUUUUGAUUUAUAACAAACACUAAUUGUAAUCGUAUUUAGAUUUAAGACAACAAUUAUAUCUGUAACUAUCGAUUCACUACACAACAACUGUUCACUUAUAAACAAGUUUUAUUAUAUCGAGACUUAAACCCUAAAACUUAAAAACACCAAACAAUACAAUUAAUAUCCAGAAUAUUAGCGGACAUUUCUGUGUGUCUGACUGUCUGUUUGUAACCAACAAUUCAAUACAAUAUAAUUAUUAAAAGCGAGACAACAAUUGAAAUAUAAAAAUUAAGUUAACAAUAUUUAUACACUUAUGAACGAAAUAAAAGCUUAAAAUUUUCACUACAAAUGCAUAAUGUUUUCCAAUUCUGUAAUACAGAGGGAGGGGUAGAGAGCACUCUCUCGGCUUUAACUUGUUUUUACGUCUGAAUAAAUCGGAAAACCUUUUGAUUUUCAAAAACUAAA